AUGUCAAGCAUUGCAUGUUCAGUUCGAGGCUGCCACAACAAUUGGAUAAAGAGGAGAAACCAAGUACACCAACAGUGUUACGAACACAGUGUGACCCGGUCGGAGUGUUGUGGUGCACCUUACGAUUUACAUCCGCCGUCUAAAGAAGAUGAGCACCUGAGGCAAUGGCUGAAGGCGCUCAAUUUAAAGCAGCCACCCAAGCGCCCUUACGUGUGUUCUUACCAUUUCGUUUAUGGGAAGCCGACUGACAGACACCCUUACCCCGAGAAACAGCUCAGCUACAAAGCUCCGGUAAAAAAGCCACGCCGGGUGCUGAAAAGGUUGUCCGAUACAGAUCCAUCAGUGGCUGCCAGUAAUGCGGUGGACAGCUGUGAGGAUUACCUUUUGUGCAUGCCCAUGAACUGUGAAGCAGAAACACAAUGGGAGGAUCUAUCCAUCUCUGACCACAUCUACAUGAAGUCACAGCUCAAACUGAAGCCACCUACAAGUGAUUUGGGAACCCAGUGCAAUGAGUCAGUGCCACUGUAUGUAACUCUACUAAGAAAAAAUGACCUUUGUCAGCUCUACAUAGGGUUGACAUUGGAUGCAUUUCAUUCAGUUGCAGAGCACCUUACAAUUACAUACAGCAACAGCUUCCAGCUUCAUCCUUGGGAUCAGCUCCUAAUGACUCUGAUGAAGUUGCGUCUUAAUUUACUGCAGAGUGAUCUUGCUGAAAGGUUUGUUGUUUCUCAAUCCAUUGUAAGCAGGGUGAUUUCAUGUUGGAUUGACAUCAUGGAGGAGAACAUGAGGGAUUACAUACCAUGGCUUCCCAAGGAAACAAUCCAAGCAACGAUGCCUCAGUGCUUCAGAGAACAAUUUCCAAAUACAACCUGCAUUAUUGACUGUUCUGAGACACCACUUCAAAAGCCACACAACCUUGACUCAAGAGGUGAGUCCUACAGCCAUUACUAUGGGCAGAACACAAUCAAAUACCUGGUCUCCAUUGCACCAUGUGGACUCAUCAUGUUCAUCUCACCUGCGUAUGGAGGAAGGUGCAGUGAUAAAUUCAUAACUGCAAACUCUGGUUUCCUUGAAUACCUUCGUCCAGGAUAUGAAGUUAUGGCAGAUAGAGGCUUCAUGAUGAGUGAUCUCCUCUAUGAAAAAAAAGUGAAACUGGUUAUUCCAGCAUUCACUAAGAAAGGCAUGCAACUCUCGGAGGAAGACACCACCAACACUAGGCGCAUUGCCAAUGUACGUGUCCAUGUUGAGCGGGUAAUCUGUAGACCGAAAACCUUCAAAGUCCUCUCUCAAACAGUUCCAAUCAACCUCACUCCUAAAAUUGACAAAAUUUUGAGAAUUUGUGCAGCCCUGUGUAACCUACGUAGCGACAUAAUUUCUGAUGUAGAGGAUGAAUAAAUGUUGAUUUGUA